GGAAACCAGGAAGCUUUCACAGCAACAUGACAUAAACCAAAGCAGUUGUGUUGUGUAACUGCACGUUUUCUGUAUCGCAAUGCCUGUAGACGGUUCAGAGGACCAGGUGCCCUCCUCUCUCUCCAGCCCUGCCAGUGCCGCCCUCACCCCGGGAGGGUCUGAGGAAGAUGGGGCCACAGGGGGCUCAGCUGUCAACUCUUUCCCUGAUAACAGUCAGGGCUCCGAGGCUGCUUCAGCCUAUCCUGUCAACACUGGACCUGGGGAGGGCAGCAGUGGUGGUAAGAGGUCUGGAGCCUUGCUGCAGAUUGACCGACAGCGUAUCCAAGCAGCAUCUGCCAGUUCUGGAGCUGAUGAACUCCAGGGCCUUGGUGUGGCUGUGUAUGACCAGGAUGUCCUUGAGCAAGGUGUCUUGCAGCAAGUGGACGAGGCAAUCCAGGAGGCCAGUCAUGCUGCUGCUAAAGCAGAGGCAGAGAAGGAGUACCAGUCUGUGCUCGAUGAUGUCAGGUCCGUCACAGCAUCUCUGAAACAAAUAAACAAGAUUAUUGAGCAGCUGUCUCCCUAUGCUGCCUCCAGUAAAGAUAUCAGUAGGAAGAUUGAAUCUGUCAAACGACAGAAAGAAAAUAAGGAGAAACAGCUAAAGAAAGUCAAAGCCAAACAAAAGCGACUUCAGGCCAUUCUGGGAGGAGAGGAUGUUGCAAGGGUGGAGGCUGAGCUUCUGGCAGAGGGUGAUGAUGAAGAGGAAGAAGCCGGGCCGUCCACACUGGGCAGCAUGCUCAUGCCCGCUCAGGAGACCGAAUGGGAGGAGUUAAUCCGGAAAGGUCACAUGACUCCUUUUGGAACCCGAAUCCCGCAGAAGGAGGAAAAAAAGGAACCUCGAAAAGUUAUGCUUGCUGAGAACUCUGCCUUUGACCUGUACUUGGCGGACCAGGCCAAGAUUGCUACUGAGAGGAAGAGACUCCCUCUUCUUAAGAAGAAGAUGAGCUCUGGACUCAGCCCUGGUGUAGAGGCCAGGGGGAAAACCAACAAAAAAGUUUCCUCUUCCAAGGAUAAAAAAAUGAAGAAGCGCAUGCGAAAACUCCAGAUAACUGCUCUGAAGGCCCAUCCGAAGGCUCGGCCCAAGGCUGAGCCACAGCUCUCUAAGCCAAAGACGAAGCGUCACAUUGAGGGAGAGGAGACAGACAGCGAGGCAUCAGAGUACCUGCCCAGUGACGAAGGCAUAGAUCCUGACCAGGAGGAAAGAGAAGCCAUGGAGGAGGGCUUUGGGGAGGAUGAUGAUGAGGAAUAUGAGUUGAAACCAUACAAGCAAAAAAGUGAGAAGAAAGCGAGGAAGAAAAUAAAGAAAAGAGAGGAGAGCGAGGAAGAAUACUACCCUGAGAGUUCAGAUGGAGAGGAGGGCGUGAAGGGCAAAAACAAGAAAAACAAAGAUGAUGGAGAUGUGAAGUACUACAGACAGAGAAUAAGGAGGUGGAAGCGACAGCGUCUUCGAGAAAGAGAGGAGAAGAGAGAAAGAGGCGAGUUUACAGACGACAGUGAUGAAGAAUUUGAUGAAGGCUUCAAAGUGCCUGGUUUCCUCUGGAAAAAACUUUACAAGUACCAGCAGACAGGUGUGCGGUGGAUGUGGGAACUCCACUGUCAGCAGGCAGGUGGCAUCCUGGGAGAUGAGAUGGGAUUGGGCAAAACCAUCCAGAUCAUCAGCUUCCUGGCUGGACUGAGCUACAGCAAACUGAGGACGAGAGGAUCCAACUACAGGUAUGUUGGUCUUGGUCCGACAGUCAUCGUGUGCCCGGCCACAGUCAUGCACCAGUGGGUAAAGGAGUUCCACACCUGGUGGCCUCCUUUCAGAGUGGCUGUUCUGCAUGAAACCGGCUCGUUCACCAGCAACAAGCAAAAGCUUAUUCCAGAGAUAGCGGCGUGUCAUGGGAUCUUGAUAACCUCAUAUUCAGCUGUGAGGAAUAUGCAAGACAUCUUGCAGCGCUAUGACUGGCACUAUAUUAUACUGGAUGAGGGCCAUAAGAUCAGGAAUCCAAAUGCUGGAGUUACCACUGCCUGCAAACAGUUUCGCACUCCCCACAGGUUCAUCCUGUCAGGCUCUCCCAUGCAGAACAACUUGAAGGAGCUGUGGUCUCUGUUUGACUUUGUCUUCCCCGGCAAACUGGGGACAUUACCCGUCUUUAUGGAGCAGUUCUCUGUGCCGAUCACCAUGGGAGGAUACAGCAAUGCCUCGCCUGUACAGGUCCAAACAGCAUUUAAGUGUGCAUGCGUGCUGAGAGACACCAUAAAUCCUUACCUGCUCAGAAGAAUGAAAGCAGACGUCAAGGCCAACCUCUCCUUACCUGACAAAAAUGAACAGGUUCUGUUUUGCAGAUUAACAGAGGACCAGCGGCAGGUUUAUCAGACCUUCCUAGAUUCCAAAGAGGUCUACCAGAUACUUAACGGGGACAUGCAGGUGUUCUCUGGUUUGAUAGCUCUACGCAAGAUCUGUAACCACCCCGACCUUUUCUCGGGCGGCCCUCGGAUACUGAGGGGAGUCCCAGAGGACCAGCUAACUAAGGAGGAACACUUUGGCUAUUGGAAACGCUCGGGCAAGCUGAUCGUGGUGGAGUCUCUGCUGCGCCUCUGGUUCAAACAGGGCCACAGAGUCCUGCUCUUCACUCAGUCAAGACAGAUGUUGGACAUCUUGGAGGUAUUCACGAUGGAGAAUAACUACUCAUACCUGAAAAUGGACGGCACUACCACAAUAGCUUCCCGACAGCCCCUCAUCGCUCGCUACAACGAGGACAAAUCCAUUUUUAUCUUCUUGUUGACCACUAAAGUUGGAGGUCUGGGAGUCAAUCUGACUGGAGCCAACAGAGUCAUCAUCUAUGACCCAGACUGGAACCCCAGUACCGACACACAGGCUCGGGAGCGAGCAUGGAGGAUCGGUCAGACGCAGCAAGUGACAGUCUACAGACUGCUGACUGCAGGGACCAUCGAGGAGAAAAUCUACCACAGGCAAAUCUUCAAACAGUUUCUGACCAACCGCGUUCUGAAGGACCCCAAACAAAGACGGUUCUUCAAGUCGAAUGACAUUUAUGAGCUCUUCACUCUGGCUGACCCCGAUGGAGCUCAGGGAACAGAGACCAGUGCCAUAUUUGCAGGUACAGGCUCUGAUGUCAAGGCACCUAAGAAGCCUCAGAGGCCAAGGCCAUCACACACGGUAAACCAUAGCAGUAAUAAACACAAACACUCCUCGGCAAACCAGAAUGAAACCGGUGCAGACAGCCGACAGUCUGCAGCAAACAUUCCUGCAUUAAGAGAUGGAAACACUUCUCAGUGCAGUAAAAACUCUCCGGGUAAACCAAAUGGCCUAACAGACAGUCAAAGCACCGACCGAAAUGGCCUGGAUGCACAGCCAAAUAUUUCAGCAAAUACACAGCGUACAGGACAAAAUAACAGAGACUGGGACGCAGCCAAGCCAGCAGUUAAAAACUCAAACUCAUCCAGUUCUCACCAACACACAGACAAAGACUCUGCCCUGACAAGCCCACAGAAACACAGGGAAAAGAGGAAGCACUGCGACUCAGCUGACUCGGACAAACACAAACAUAAGAGGCGUAAACACUCCAAAGAUUCUCGGUUUGAAGGCCAUCGCAUCUCUCAUUUGGUGAAGAAAAAGACCUAUGAGAAAGCGGAGGAUGAAGAUGAGGCACAGAAGAAAUCAGACGAUUACGUUUUGGCAAAGCUCUUCAAAAAAUCUGGUAUCCACAGCGUGAUGCAGCAUGACACCAUCAUGGAGUCCUCUAACCCUGACUAUGUUCUAGUGGAGGCAGAAGCUAAUAGGGUGGCUAAAGAUGCCCUGAAAGCGCUUAAGGUUUCUCGCCAGCAGUGUAGGCUGGCCUUAAAUAGACCCCCUCCUCCACCUGCAAGGAAACGGUUUGGACAAAAGAAUAAUUCUCUCCUGGUUGCACCUUCUGUUCAAUCUGCCCCCAAUCCAUGCAAAUGCAAGGAUGCUGCUAUUGUAAAGAAGUCUGUGUCAAAGAAGCCUGGUUCGGGCGCUCAUUUCAGCGGAGAAGGGAUGGAAGGUGACUCAGCCUCCGCCCCGCUCUCCUCCUCCUCCCUGCUGGCCAAGAUGAAAGCCCGGAAUCACUUCAGCACACCCUCCAGCCAGAGAGAAGACGCAGAAGAAGAGGAGGACGGCUCCGGGGCUCCAGUAAGGAGCUCCCCCCCGGCUCCGCCCACGGAGCAUGAUGAGCUGUUGGUGGAUGUGCGCAACUUCAUAGCCUUCCAGGCCAAUGUGGACGGACAGGCCACCACCCAGGAAGUGCUGGAGUAUUUCAAACCAAGACUGACUGAGAGUCAGGCGCCUGUUUUCAGAGAGCUGCUCAGGAGCAUCUGUGACUUCCAGAGGACAUCUGGUCAGGAGGGCAUGUGGAGACUGAAGGAGAGCUUCCGCUGAGUGAAGCACAGUUGAAAGCGGAACAAAGACUUAACUGUGAUGCAGAUUUUAAUACUUGUCAGUUAUGAGUCUGUUGAGAUUAAGCCAACAACUUCUUAUUGUUUACUUGUCUUUCUUUAUUCUUAGUUUAUUCUGUCAAAUUGAGAUAUCUGUCUGACAAAAAUACAUCAGAGCUAGACGGUAGAUUGCAUCAGCUAUUGAAAGCCCAUACUGUAGGAAUGCCAUUUUAGCAGAUAAACUCAUAUUAUUAUCAGUUAAAGAAGUCUAAUCUGUCACACUCUUUGUUUGAGAUUUGGGCUUGUCCACGUGUUGUUGCUUCUGUCCUGUUGAUUGAUUGUCCCUGGUUAUACUUGAAUUCACUGGUUUUGUAUUUGCCAGAAAGUUAAAACUGUAUAACCCCGAGUAAUGACUUACUCUGAGAUGUGUUUUAUGCUUUCAGUUUGUCUCACUUGUCACAUUUCUAUGAAAUUUAAUAGGGGAGUAAGUGUGUCAUUUUGUAAAUAUGACCAAAUCACCACCGGGUUUGGUUGGUUUUGUGAUGACUAACUUUUCUUAAACUGUGACCUACCUCUGAUUAUUUGUGGAAAAAAUGGCAAAAGCAGCAAUUUAUCUGCUUUGUUUUAUAUAAAUAAAAAAAUAUUGAUGCUGUCUUGCAUUAAUUGUAAGAAAUAAA